GUGGGGUUUGCAUCGCUCAGUCUCUAAAGAUUCCUCGAGAGCCGAGACCCGGCGAGUUCGACAAGAUCAUCCUGCGUCUGAUCGAGACGCCCAACGCUCGCGCCGUCAUCAUGUUCGCCAACGAGGACGACAUCCGGCGAAUCCUGGAUGCGGCGAAACGUAACAACCUGACGGGUCACUUCCUGUGGGUGGGGUCUGACAGCUGGGGGUCUAAGAUCUCUCCCGUGGUGCAGCAGGAGCGAGUGGCCGAGGGCGCGGUCACCAUCCUCCCCAAGAGGGUGUCUGUGGACGCGUUUGAUCGGUACUUCAAGAGCCGCUCGCUGUCCAACAACCGCAGGAAUGUCUGGUUCGCCGAGUUCUGGGAGGAGAACUUUGUCUGCAAACUUGGACAACAUGGCAAGAGACCCGGGAGUCCCAAGAAGUGCACAGCGCUGGAGAAGGUGGGCCGUGACUCCACCUACGAGCAGGAGGGGAAGGUGCAGUUUGUGAUGGACGCCGUGUACGCCAUGGCCCACGCUCUGCACCACAUGCACCGAGAGCUCUGCUCCGGAUUCCCCGGCCUCUGCCCGCGCAUGGCCAACAUCGACGGAAAGGAGCUGCUGGCACACGUCCGCGCCGUCGCCUUCAACGGUAAGAACUGCUGCUGCUGCUUUAACUCUACAGACGUCUUAU